AUGCUUCAAACUCCAGUUAAUGUCGCGUUCUUCAAGCGAUAUAGUAACUAUAGGCGUUUCAUGUACAAUGUUACAGUGGACUUCUGUAGAUUCUUGAAAAAUCCCAGCUCGAGUCCAUUUGUUAACUUUUGGUACCGCAUUGGUGUAAACCACUCCAAUAUCAACCACACGUGUCCCUACAAUCACGAUCUGCGAAUAGAAAAGCUUCCGGUCGAAGUUGUGAAUUACCAGGUGACGGAAGUGCUGCCCCUUCCUGAAGGAGAUUAUUUGAUCAAAACCACCUGGCUUGCCUACGACAUUAAGAAGGUCGAAGUCCAAAUCUUUGGCACUCUAUUCUAG